AUGACAUUCCACACUCCAUUGGAGACCAGCAUAUUUGAAUCCGUUGCUCAAACACUUGUCAAGGCACUUUUCAAUCGUCAUGGCGGAGCUAGUAAUGGGAAAACACGGGUCAGCCUCUGGUCAAUAACGACGAUUCUGCAAGUUGUCUUUGGCACAUCCGACACCAUCCCAUUUGGGAAUAUCCUGCUUGAUAAAGCUCACUUGGUCUGCGCUCAAGAUCCUGGGCGCGGACUUGGUGCAGGUCUGAGGGGUGGCUCGUCCGGGGCCUUGUUGAACGGGGUUGCAUCCUGGAAGGGUGUCGAGUACACCAUCAAUGUUCUCAUCGACACGAGAUGGUUUGGAGCAUUGCUGCAUCUCGUCGUCGGACAAGAGCUCGAGGUCAGCUGCGCAAUCUUCAAUCACGCCCGAGUUUUGCGUGCACUUGUCAAUGGCGCGUUGGAGUGCGUCGACAUCCCAACCAUUAAGGAAAUCUAUGGUGGAACAAGAGCCAGUUGGGUCACCCGUAGAGAGCACAAAGGGAUGAGAACCACCCUUCCACCAUUGAUCCUUCCAAGGAUUGGUAUCCCAAAUGAUCUCGUAAAAUAUCGAGAUCAAACGAACGGGGUGGGUCGAGGGGCAGACGCCAUUGUCCAUUCGGUCAGGAUAGGCCACAUGGGACUUGUGGUCGGGAGAAUCGAGGUUAACACCAUCCCAGCAGGAAGGGAAGAAGAUUUGGGAGCGCAGACCAUUGGGGCAGUUGGUAUUCGGGAUGCCGGGAGUUUGGGGCGAUUGGCCUGCAUAGUUGAGACAGACAAAGGAAACGGCUUGUUGGCUAAGAGAACUUCGGAAAGGGACAUACUUGGCAUUAUAAGAUCUCAGGAACGGGUCUCCGGCGAGCAUUUGGAAACCAGGCGGAAAUGGAUGGAUCACCUCUUGAUCGUUGGCUCUUCGUUGGAGGUAGUAAAUGGUCGCGCCUCCAAUUUGCUUGACUCGUUGAAACUUGCCAUCAGACCCUUGGUAAAACAGGGACGGGGUCCAAUAAUUGGAACGGUCUUUUUUGGCCUAUUUGAAUUACAAGAGCGGUGGGAUAACGAAGAGCGGCUGUGGCGCCGGACAUGGGUAUGGGCCAGUACUUACCUUGCAAGAAGUGCAGGUAGAAGCACGAGCAGCAUCAAAGUUUUGAGUAAAGUUGAAUCCAGAGCCCCCCAUGACAGUGUGAACAUGACCAGAGAUAGCGCCCGGGUUGACAAUUCUGUUUUUUUGCCCGAAGAAAGCCCCAAAAGUAGAAAAGGUGGCGUAGACGAGAUGUUGCCACUCAACCUCGAAGAGGAGAUUAAGAAGGAGGAGAGGGGAGAAAGAGAGGCAGAAAACAAAGCAAGCAGCAGAAAGGGGAGGUGUCGAGCGGCGACGUUUUGUUUGGCCGUGUUUGGCCUUCCGCUUAUGCCAUUCAGAAUUUUAGAGUCAUUCCUCCGGAGACGUGCCUGGAUACACCGACCCGGUGCUACAGCGACUGGUGCAACCCUCCAACACCUCGCCGACACGUACGUAUCCUUGCCGAGUCUUAGCCAGACAGCGGAUACUGUUAUCUUGGUGUUCCCACCAACACUCCCACCCGCUGCUACGACGGUCCCAGGGCUGACUCCGCAUGCCGCGACAAAAGACUUGAACGCUUGCUCGAAACGACCCUUGGAAAUCGAGAUGGCGGUUCCACCAUCGACAGCUUCGACA